AUGUCAAACAACUCUUUGGCGCUUAAAUUUUUAGCAUUUCCUGGAGCUAUGUUAGCUGCUGGAAAGGCUUUAAUCACCAAAGGAGCUCAAGCCCAAGCGUUGUGUCAGAAAGAAACUUUGAAAUUCGAAGAAGCAAGGAUGGAUGGUAACGAGGAUCUAGUUAAAAACAUUAGAAGGGAAUAUCUUAGCUGUACUUAUAAGAUGUUCCAUGGGGUCAAGUAG